AUGGACGCAUUGAAUUCUAAGGAACAACAAGAUUUCCAAAAAGUAGUGGAACAAAAGCAAAUGAAGGAUUUCAUGCGUUUAUACUCCAACUUAGUAGAGAGAUGCUUCACGGACUGUGUAAAUGACUUCACAACAUCAAAACUGACCAGCAAGGAGCAAAGUUGCAUCAUGAAGUGUUCAGAAAAGUUCCUGAAGCACAGCGAGCGUGUAGGACAGCGUUUCCAGGAGCAAAAUGCCGCUUUGGGACAGGGCCUAGGUCGCUGA